AUGGGAGAGGAAGACUCCAACUGGUUAGCUAAAUUGGAAGAAGAGCUUCUGCCGCCUGAGGAGCUCACACCAUCAUCUCAGUCGCCUCAACCCGCGCCGACACAAGCCAACUCCUCACCUGACAUCGCCGGAGAUGAACCAGCUCGGCCUCGGCCGCGGCCGCGUUUUGUAUGGACACCACAGCGGCACAAGCAUUUCGUAGACACUGUGGAGCAUCUCGGUAUCGACAGAGCUGUUCCUAGAACCAUCGUGGAGCAUAUGAACAUCGAGGGGUUAACCAGAGCAAUCGUCGCUAGUCAUUUGCAAAAGUACCGACUUAACCUCAAGAGGAAGCAGUCUGAAACUGAAAGGGGAAGAGGAUACGUUGGUGGGUCUGGUUAUCUCAUCAGACCAUCGACGUUGCAUCUGUAUAGUCAAGUGGCUAAUUACGCAGGAGGAUUUGGAACCAGGAGCCUAGACGGUUUUGACACUGUUUCCAGCAGCUCGAGAAGUUUAAAUAAUUAUUACAGAUCCGGUUACUACAACAAGGGUCUUUGAUGGUUAUGUAUUUCUGUUACAAAGUAUCUUUUCUUUUACUUUUACUCUGUUUCUUUCUUUUUGUUUGUGUGUUUUUGCUUAUGGGUUUAGACUUGUCUCGUACUAUUUGCACCAAAUAAUAUUAUAAAAGCAUUUGCAG